AUGAAUAUUGAAAAUUUUGAAUACUAUUCUCUUUAUAAAAUCUCAUCACCCGAAAUAUCCAAUCAUCCUGUGAUUAAAUUUAUUAUUCGUUUCCAUCUUAUUUAUCCAUGGUUAUUAUUUCCAUUUGGUUUUAUUGGUUCAUUAUUAACAAUAUUAAUAUUUCGAAGAAAAAAAUUUAAAAAAUUUGGUUGUUCAAUAUUAUUUGUUGCAGAAAGUGUUAUGGAUUUAUUAUUAAUUACAAUAAAUUGUAUUCAUCUUAUUAUACUUUAUACAUUUAAAUCUCAUUUUUUUCAAAAUUCUAUUUAUUUAUAUCGAGUUUAUAAAUUUUCAACAAAUUAUUUUUCACAUUGUGCUCUAUGGAUUUUAUGUAUCAUAUCACUUGAACGAGCUGCUGUUACACGAAGAUUUGAUUGGAAUCAAAAUGUUUUUAAUCGUAAACAUUCAUAUUGUAUACUAGUUAUCAUAUAUACAGUAUUAUUUUUUCUUAAUAUACAUUAUUUAAUAUUUUUUCUUCCUGAACCAGAAAAAUCCUAUUUAUAUACUAAUAAUGAAGUAGAAAAAAAAUCAACAGAUACGUCUAGUGCAAGUUCAGUUAGACUAGCUGGUGACAGAUAUGAUCAUUUUUUAAAAUUUUAUUUAUCAUGGAUGGAUUUUAUAACAAAUUCUUUAAUACCAUUUAUAAUAAUUUUAAUAGCUAAUGCAACUGUUAUGUAUUCUGUAUGUAAAUCUCACAUAUUAAUGAAAGAAUUAGGCUUAAGACAAACACGUUCACCACGUGAUACACAAUUGGCAUAUAUUUUAUUUGUAUCAACAUUACUUUUUCUCUUAUUAACAUUUCCAUUACGAGUUUUUUCUGUUAUUGAACCAUAUUUAAGAUAUGAACGGCAAUAUUUAAUGUUAUUAGAUGGUAUAAUGAGAUUUUUAUUGUAUCUUGAUCAUGGUUGUGGAUUUUAUUUGUAUACAUUCACUGGCGAAUUAUUUCGUCGGGAAUUUAAAAAAUUCUUCAAUGACUUUUUAUAUCUUAUUUUUCGAAGACGUUUUUUUAAUUGGUCAUCAAUUGAAUCACGACGUCAAAGUGAUAUAAGUGGUUCAACUGGUGGUCCUAUUGUUUUACAUAUAGUUUAUUCGAAUCCUCAGCAUCACCAUUAUCAUCAUCACCAUCACCCACAACAAGAACAACAUGGAAAUAUUAAAUUACAAGACUCACCAAAUAUUUGUGGAACAAAUAAAUCAUCUUUGCAUCCAUUACAACUACAGAAAUCUUUAUUUGAAGCAUCAUUUCAUCCGCAAUGUACUUAUACUAGACCGCGCCAUAUGCGCUCUUCUUCAAGUUCACCAUGCCGUUCAACCGUGAUUCCUAAUAUAGGACAAGAACCCUUAUUUAAAACUACUACAACUACUACUACUAAUAAUAACAAUCAUAAUCAUAAUUAUCGUCAUCAUCAUCAUCAUCAUCAUCAACCAGAUCCAAUGAGUAAAUCGCAAAGUAAAGAAUUUUUCAAGAAAAAACAGCGUGGUCAAAAUAAAAAGAAUAGUGCUUCUGCUGUUGGUAUUAGUAUUGUUGGUCCAUCAAUGAGCAAUUUAGCCCAAGGUAAAGCAUAUCAUAUUCAAACAUCUCAUGGAAGUACAGCUGGUUUGGUUGUCGGUAGUGAAGAUCCAGCUGUUGUUGUUAUUAGUCCACAUCCAACACCAACAAUACAUCAAACAAAAGAAAAACGUACAAAAAUAUGUUGUUUAUUGUGA